AUGGCGGCUCCUGGUCGUCCUCAAUUUUUCUGUACCCGUCCUGAUGGGUCCUUGACUCCUCUGGUAGCAGUUGAUGAGCUACCCACUAACGUCACCAUCCAUGGUGCCCCUCGUAUCAUCACUGCUGGGGAGACCCAGGGUAUGACCAGCUGUGGCCUGGCUGCCCAACGUCCCGAACCUUGGUCUGUCGAGGGACUUCCCAAGUCCUCUGAGGCUCAGGCAGGUCUGCCUGAUAUGCACAGCCUCUUGCUGCAGCUUAUCACCGAUAAGAAUGUACCUGAGGACAUGCAGGCAUCUGCCAAAGCCAUUCUCUUCGAGGGAAUCGACAACGGACGUGUCGGUCAAGGCACUCCUUCCAACGGACUUUCUCCAAUGGCGCCGAUAUUCCAGGCAAAGAACAACCACGUCGGCAACAAGCAUGCUCCAACUUCCAAGAAGGAAUACUGCUCGUACUGGAUUCGCCAUGGUGAAUGCGAUUACUCCCAGCAAGGUUGCUUGUACAAGCAUGAAAUGCCCAAUGAGCAGGAGUUGGUUGAGAAACUUGGGCUGCGUGAUAUUCCCCGCUGGUACCGCGAGAAGUUCAACGUAACCAGCCUUUUGCACCCAAAUCGUAAUCGCCCCCAGCUGACCAUUGCGGAUCAGCAACCCCCCAUGCGGGCCCUGCCGUCCUCGGCUUCGCCUACCGACGAGACCAACGCCGACAAGGCGUCCAAUGUCCGUGCAACCCCGAAGUUGAGCAAGUCUGCCGAGUUCACCAAGUCCCCUCCCCGUGGACCAUCCAACCGUGGAGGUCACAACGGAUUUGGUAACCGCGGUGGCCGAAACGGGGCUCCCAAUGGACAUCAUGUCAGCAACUGGAAAGGUUCCCACCGUGGUGGUCGUAACCGAAACAUGGGCUCCACUCGUCACGGUAUGAUGAGCGAGCGUGACAGUGAUCGCAGCGGCGAGUGUUCCCCCCGUGCCUCAGCUGUCGCCCGUUAUGAUGCUCAGGCAUUUGGCCGCGAUCAAGUUCGCACCCCUAUCCCCGCGCUGCGCAGCAUGAUCACUAUCGAUACCGACCAACGUCCCAACGAAUGUCUUUUGGAUGACGGUAACUUUCAAACCCGGAACCUCUACCGGAAUAUCAAUAGCCUGACCGAGUGUGAUGAAGAUACCUUCGAAGACGCCCUGAACAAGCCGAUUGAGCCCAACCACCGUGUCCAGUCCUCUCACGUGUACCAGCACGACUCGAACACUUCUUCCGAUGGUGGUGUCAUGCUCCCCAAGGACCAUGCCGCGUGGGAUUCGAACUUCGGUUCAUUCGCUCAUGUUGAUAUCCCUGCUCGCAAGCAGUCGGAGUCGAACAGCUCUCGUGCCACCGUCCAGAGGGAUUACGGAUCUUCCACUCCUCGCAUUGGAGACCUUCAGCUCAAUGACAAUGUGCCCCUGAGCUCGAAUGACACCCGUGUCACCUGGGGUCCCAUUGGAGGUCCCAUUCUCAAGCGUACCAGCCCUCCUCUCGAGAACAUCUCGCACAUGUUUGGACCUUACUCCAACACUCUCCGCCGCAGCAACUAA